AUCAUUCCGCCAUAGAAGUGCAUAUUGACUACCAUCUAACACCAGCGUGCUAUAGACGAUAAGGUUCAGGUGAACAAAUGACAUCCUAGCGUCAUACAGAGAGUACAACAUGUCAGCGAUUCUGUUGUCAGCCGUAAUUAGUGUUGUGGUCAUAAUAAUAUUUCAGCUGUUGAUCAAAUUACUGAGAGUGAAGUAUGCCUACCAUGGACUCCCUGAGCCUCUUGAGGACAAGCACUGGCUACUUGGUCAUCUCCCAAUUUUCUCAAAUAAGAUAGCUGGGCAGUCGGUCGUAGACAAGUUUCUGGAAUGGACGGCCAAAUAUCCCAGGAUGUACGUCCUUUGGUUUGGUCCUUUCGACGCCAGGGUGGUGCUGAAUCAUCCGGACCCCAUUAAAAAGAUCCUUAAAACCUCAGAUCCAAAACCUGUGAACUUUGGCCAGGUGUACAGACAUGGAAUUCCAUGGUUGGGAGAGGGACUUCUGAUAGCAGGGGGUGCCAAAUGGAAGCGCUCCAGACGUCUGCUUACUCCCGCCUUUCAUUUUGACAUCCUGAGACCUUAUGUGAAGAUCUACAAGUCCUGCGCAGAUAUUCUAGCGCGAAACAUAGAAAUCUCGGUCGAGAAGAACGAAAGUGUAGAAAUAUUCAGCCUUGUCAGUUCCUGCACCCUGGACAUUAUUUUACAGUGUGCGUUUUCCUAUAAGACGGACUGUCAAAAUUUCUGCGGGACCAUACACCCAUACAUAUCAGCCGUAAAUGAGAUUUCAGCUACAUGGAAUCGACGAAAUAGGGCUCCCUGGCUACACCCAGACUUUAUAUUUUACCGAACGGCAGAGGGGAAGAGUUUUAAAGCCAAGUGUGAUUACGUCCACCAAGUAGCCGAGGAUGUGAUAGACAAAAGACGCAACACAUUGGAAACGCAGGGUAUAUCUUCCCAAAAGUAUUUGGAUUUCUUGGACAUCCUUUUGACAGCUAAAGAUGAGAACGGAAAAGGAAUGUCAAAAGAAGACAUUCGUAGUGAAGUGGACACAUUCAUGUUUGAGGGCCAUGACACUACAGCUAGCGCCAUCUCGUGGAUCCUCUAUUCUUUGGCGGAAAAUCCCGAAUGUCAGCGGAAAUGUCAGGAAGAAAUCGAUAAGGUCAUCAGUGAGACCAAAUCUGGACAACUCGAGUGGAAGGACCUGGGUAGACUGGAGUACCUGACACAGUGCAUCAAAGAAGGAAUGCGCCUCCACUCUCCUGUUCCUGGGAUUUUAAGAGACAUCCAGUCCCCCCUCAGAGAGGGGGACCACGAGAUCCCUGCCAGGACCAGUGUCUUGAUCAGUAUCAAUGGUCUCCAUCAUAACCCCACUGUGUGGGGGAAGGACCAUGCCCAGUUUAAACCCGAGAGGUUCUCUCCAGAAAACACCGAGGAAAGAGACUCGUUCGCCUUCUGUCCAUUUUCUGCAGGUCCAAGAAACUGUAUCGGUCAAAAUUUUGCCAUGAGUGAAGAACGGACAGUGCUUGCUACAUUGCUUCAACGGUUUACCUUUUCUGUGGACAAAACACAUAAGGUUGAGAAGCAGAUCUCUGCCGUAAUGCGAGCAAGAUAUGGGAUUAAACUAUUCGCCGCCCCACGAUAGGUGUCUAGGUGUGCAUUAUAGGAACGUAAUUUGAAAUAUUACGAAUUUUGAUAAUCUUUAGAGUGUGUUAAAUUUGCGACCAAGUCAACGCACUUAAUGCUUAUGACUCUGCAAAAAUAUUAGAUUUGGAUAAAAAAAAAUGCAUAAUUUCCUAAAAGAUUCAACUACAUUGAAUUAGCUUUAAAAUCCGUUUUCUUAUUUAGAAUUGGUGUUUGUUUGCAAACUCUUUAUUCAUUUAUUAUAGUGUUCUCAUUUUCAUUCUCUAUCUGGAGUUGUUGUCUCUACGUCUCUGUCUACGACUCUUUCAAUGUCCGAUGUACCAGAAUCUUGUACAAAGUUUACACUCUGCUAAUAUGUAAUUUAUCCUGUAAACGAUAAACAAUUCGUGUACAGAGGGUAAAAAUGAGUCUUGUCAAGAUUUGAUUUGUCAGAAUAUCAAAAGUAUAUUAGAACAAAUGUUAAUUAAUCAACAACAAAAAAAGAAAUCAGAAGACCAUAAUUUGUUUCCUUUUUUCAACAAUUGUACAACUUCGCAUAUAAAUAAUAAUCAAUGCUCGGUAUCUAACGAGUACUAUUUUGUGGAAGAACAUUAUCAUAGGAAAAUAUCACAUAUUUAAGUAAUUAAAAAUUAAUGUUAUUUAUGAGCUUAAUUGGCAUGUUUACAAAAAAAAACCUUGCAUGAUGCUGUAUUGUUCAAUAAAUGUGAACUUUG